AUGGACGAGAAGGCGGCGCAGAUGCUCAAAGGCAAAACCGUAGUGGAAGCCGAGGAAGUCCUCACCAAACUCACGGACGACAUACUGCCCCUGCUUCAAAACAUGGACAAAACAGAAAUCAAUUCACAAAAUGCACUUCGAUAGCAUGGGCUAAGGAAGCGUCCAAGGUUUCGAAGGUGAUAGUCAGAUGAAUUUGGUUGAGUCGGAUACGCUUUAGCCUGUGUUUCAAGAUGGUUCAGAAAACCAUUAGUUAACCCUACUUUGGUGCAGGUCUUACGAAGCGUGCCUGCUAGUGGCGGGUAGUCAAGGCUCAAACGCACUCGGUGGCAUGCACUGCAACAGUAAUGGAUGCCUGCAUCGCAACAUAGAUAAAGAUUCUGCUUGGCGGGAACUGGUAAAAUGUUUUACACGUCACUGAGUAAGCGUCAGCUAAGCAAACUAUCAUUAAGAAAAUACUCCGGAUGCUCAGCGUCUCGACAAACAUCGACGACAAUGCUUGAUGCGACAACAUGCAUGACCAAAACAAAGAUGGCGGCAUACGUUUAGUUCGCGACGGCAAUGUGCACAACGACCGCUGGAUCCUCACGCUUUACUCCACACUGCUUCGACGCGAUCUAAAGUGAGGCACAGCAGGAAAGGUUCCCAGCGAGCGCCCGCGUGCGCAACCGGGUUGACGAACUGUGAAGGCAGAAUUCAAGUGUAUGAACGGCGAGCGUGGAGGUUUCUGCCGUUUUGGUGAGUCGGGCAGGCGAAAGAGAAACCUGGAGGCUCCAGCUAUGGAGCAAACUGGGACAACUCGACGCCCGGCUCAUAGCUUCAACACGUUCAUCAAAACACGUAGUGAAGACAACUGCACGACUACGCUCUCCUCGCUGACUGCGGCCUCAACUCGCUCGCUGCGAGCACAUCGUUUGCGAUGUUGUCAACAGGCAAUGUGUCACCGCCGCCCUGACUCAGGACUUCUGAGGCGGGGUGCAACCUCAGCGGACGUCGCCAAUGAAUCGAGCGGCGAGUACGAGGUGAUGGCGGCGAGCGUGACCCGUUAUUGCUGACAACUUUUCGUGACGAACCAAAAGCCCCGGCUCAAUGCUGAGACCAGGCGAGUUGACGUUACCACCUUUGCAUGGAACUCUGAAUGGGUUUGUUGCUUGGCGGAUACAGCUGUAUUGAGUCCCGCUGUGUUGACGCCCUAUCAAUCGCUACAAUAAGUAGCAUAAUAUACGUGUACUUCGAGGUAGAUGCACUACAUGUAGGUUUGGCCGCUGCGUCAAUGCUAUAAUACAAACUGUUCAGAAGAAAAUGGAUUCUCCGACG